AUGCUCAUCCCCUGCGGUGCCACCACGGCUGCUUGCGCUGCUGCUUCCGUGACCGCCACCUCCCUUGCCCCCACCUCCUCCUUUGCCGUUGUUCUUGCUUUGCUUGCAGGGCUGGGUAGCGUUGAGGGAGGAGGAGGAGGGUUGGGAGGAGGCGAGGUUGACAAUGGGAGUGCGGAGUUUGACUUCAGUAUCAAUGAUCCACUGUUCAACGGAGGCGAGAUCAGCCAUGGGAUUGGCUUCGGUAAAGGCGUGAAGGCGGGAUUCAUAGUCUGGGGUGAGGUUGAAAAGGAGGCGAUGGAUUUGGAGGGGUUCAGAGAGGCCGGCUUGGCGGGCUUUAAGGCGAUCAGCUACCUCUCUCAUGCGUCCGACAUAGUCAACCGCUCCGUCACAGGAGAGCGGCGCUGGUGGCAGCGGCUGGUGAGGCCGCGGCGGCGUUGGCGCGGAGGCGGCGUCGAGGCCGCGGAGGGGAGUGGCGCGAGCGGCAGCGGCUGCACUGGCGCGGAGGCGGCGUCGAGGCCGCAGAGGGGAGCAGCACAAGCGGCAGCCGCUAGUGAGGCCGCGGCUGUGUUGGCGCGGAGGCGGCGUCGAGGCCGCGGAGUGGCACGGGUGGCGGCGGCUGGCGAGGCCGCGGCGAGGCGGGCGCGGAGGCGGCGUUGGGGCCGCGGAGGGGAGCGGCGCGGGCGGCGGCGGCUGGCGAGGCCGCGGCUAGGCGGGCGCGGAGGCGGCGUCGGGGACGCGGAGGGGAGCGGCGCGGGCGGCAGGCGGCUGGCGAGGCCGCAACUGCGCUGGCGCGGAGGCGGCGUUGAGGUCGCGGAGUGGCGCGGGCGGUGGCGGCUGGCAAGGCCGCGGCGAGGUGGGCGCGGAGGAGGCGUCGAGGCUGCGGAGGGGAGCAGCGCGGGCGGCAGGCGGCUGGCGAGGUCGCGGCUGCGCUAA